AUGCCUGCUAGAGCACCAGAAUUCGAACGUAACUUCGGAAACACCGUCAAUGACGAAAUCGUCAUAACAGGUAUUUCUGGACGUCUCCCUGAAAGCAACACAAUAGAAGAAUUCAAACAACAGCUCUUCGAUGGUGUCGACCUAGUAACAGAUGAUCCCCGAAGAUGGCCUUCGGGCUUAUAUGGUUUACCUACACGUACUGGUAAAAUAAAAAAUUUGGAAUAUUUCGAUGCAACUUUUUUUGGGGUUCAUGCUAAACAAGCACAUGUUAUGGAUCCACAGUUGAGAAUGCUCUUAGAACUAACACACGAAGCUAUGGUAGAUGCAGGUGUGAAUCCUGCAGACAUGAAAGGAUCAAAAACCGGCGUUUUCAUCGGAGUGUCUGACUCUGAAUCUUCAGAAUUUUGGACCAUGGAUCCCGACAAAGUAAAUGGUUAUGGGCUCACCGGAUGUUGCAGAGCUAUGUUUCCUAAUAGAAUAUCAUAUACAUUCGAUUUCUCAGGACCCAGCUAUGCCAUUGACACAGCUUGCUCCAGUAGCUUAUUCGCAUUCCAACAAGCCGUUACCGCAAUAAAGACUGGACAAUGCGAUGCUGCGAUAGUAGGAGGAGUCAAUCUUCUUCUCAAACCUACAAGUUCUUUACAGUUUCAUAGACUCAGCAUGUUGAGCCCUCAAGGUAUGUGCAAAGCCUUUGACGCCUCUGGUAAUGGUUACGUUCGAUCAGAGGCAGCGGUGGUAGUUUAUUUACAAAAAUCUAGUGCAGCAAAGAGAGUAUAUGCAACGGUACUUGGUGCAAGAACCAAUACUGAUGGUAAUAAGGAGCAGGGCAUCACAUUUCCUUCUGGAGCCAUGCAAAAUAAACUCAUCAGAGAAGUAUACGAUGAAAUUGGUGUCAAACCACAGGAAGUAGCUUACGUAGAAGCCCAUGGUACUGGUACCAAAGUGGGUGAUCCCCAAGAAAUCAACUCAAUUGCUGAUUUCUUCUGCAAAGAUCGUAAAGAUCCUCUACUGAUUGGUUCAGUAAAAAGUAAUAUGGGACAUUCAGAACCUGCAUCUGGCUUAUGUUCCUUGGCUAAAAUUGUGAUAGCUAUGGAAGCAGGAAUGAUACCUCAGAAUCUUCAUUUCAAAAGCCCUAACAAAGACAUACCUGCAUUAAAUGACGGACGACUCAAGGUUGUAGCAGAAAAUGAAGCAUUUAAUGGUGGAAUAAUCGCUAUCAACUCCUUCGGUUUCGGAGGUGCUAACGCUCAUGUUGUCUUGCGUUCUAAUCCAAAACCCAAAACUACCUGGCCUGUUGGGCCGAUUCCACGAGUAGUGGGAGUUUCUGGUAGAACUGAAGAGGCUGUGAACAAUUUCUUAAAUAAAAUUGAACAGAACAAGAAUGACGAAGAGUUCUUAGCACUUUUGGAUGAAAUUCAUAAGAAGAAUAUCAACGGACAUGCUUAUAGGGGAUACGCCGUUUUGAAAAACCAACCCAUUAAAGAGGUUAUGCAAGUCACUGGCGAAAAUAGGCCUAUUGUAUUUAUAUUUUCCGGAAUGGGCGCCCAAUGGCCUGGAAUGGCGAAAGAGUUGAUGCAGUUGGACUGUUUCAGAAACUCGAUUAGAAACUGCUCAGAUGCACUGAAGUCAAAAAAUAUGAAUCUAGAAGACAUUCUGACUAAUGGAUCAGAGACAACAUUCGACAAUGUCCUGAAUUCCUUUGUAUCCAUAGCUGCUAUGCAGGUAGCUUUAACUGACGUACUGAAAACUCUUGGAGUUGAACCUGAUAUUAUCAUCGGUCACUCGGUCGGAGAAGUUGGUUGUGCAUAUGCUGAUGGUACCUUUACUGGAGAACAAGCAGUUUUGGCAGCAUACUCUAGAGGACGUGCCAUAUUGGAAAGUAAAUUAGCUCCAGGUGCUAUGGCAGCAGUUGGACUUUCUUGGGAAGAAACAAAACGUAGGUGUCCUCCUGAUAUAUUUCCUGCAUGUCACAACAGUGAUGACAGUGUAACUAUUUCGGGACCUCCAGAUGCAAUCGAAAAGUUUGUAGCGCAACUACAAAGUGAGGAUAUUUUUGCAAAAGGAGUCAAAAGUUCAGGCACAGCGUUCCAUAGCAAGUAUAUUGCUGAUGCUGGUCCGAGACUACGUAAAGCUCUAGACGAAAUUAUUCCGAAUCCGAAACCCAGAUCUCCCAGAUGGAUAUCUUCUUCCAUUCCUGAAUCAGGAUGGUUAACUCCAUUGGCACAACAUAGUUCUUCGGCGUACCAUGUGAAUAAUUUGCUAUCUCCUGUCUUGUUCCGAGAAGCUUUGAGACACGUCCCUGAGAAUGCCAUCGUGAUCGAAAUUGCUCCUACUGGUCUCCUUCAAGCUAUUCUAAAAAGGGCUUUAGGGCCCAAAGCCACGAAUAUCAGCCUUGUUAAGAGGGGACAUGACGACAAUAUAUCAUUUUUGUUGUCUGCUAUUGGAAAAAUUUUUGGUGCCGGUGCACAACCCAGGUUGGGAAAUUUGUACCACCCAGUGACUUUCCCUGUCGGUAGGGGAACUCCUAUGAUUAAUUCUAUGAUAGAAUGGGAUCACUCGAUUCAGUGGUCUGUGGCAAAUUUUUCCGGAAAAGGAAAUCGAUCCGGUGAACUUGUGGUUGAAGUAGACUUGAGUAAAGAAUCUGAUCAAUAUUUAGCUGGACAUACUAUUGACGGCAGGGUCCUCUUCCCUGCGACAGGAUACUUGACAUUGGUUUGGAAAACGUUUGCCAAAUUAAGAAACGCAGAUUUUGAACAAUUGCCUGUUAUUUUGUCAGAUGUACAGUUCCAUAGAGCCACUAUCAUGCCGAAAGAAGGCUCCGUCAAGUUUUUGAUAAAUAUAUUUGAAGGAACCGGAGCAUUUGAACUCUGUGAAGGAGGUUCAGUGGCUGUUUCCGGUUUUAUCUCGGUACCAGAAGAUGUCACCAAAGAGACUUUGAAUUUACCCAAAUUAAAUUCCAAAUCAGAAAAAGAUGUAUUGAAUUUGACUACCGCUGAUGUCUACAAAGAAUUGAGACUUCGUGGAUAUGAUUAUGAAGGUAUAUUCAGAGGAAUAAGUGAAUCAGAUAAUCAUGGUAUCAAUGGAAAACUCAAAUGGGAGAAUAAUUGGAUCAGCUUUAUCGAUACUAUGCUGCAAUUCUCCAUUCUUGGACAGAAUACCAGGGAGCUGUACUUGCCAACUAGGUUACAAAGAGCUUUCAUAAAUCCUAAAGAACACUUACAUGCCAUUCAGCAACUCACCGAAGGAGAAGACAUCCCAGUCAGUAUGUAUCGCGAUAUAGGCGUCAUUAAGUCGGCAGGUAUUGAAUUACGCGGAAUGAAAGCCAGUCUAGCACCACGUCGUCAACAAGCACAAGCAUCACCUAAACUAGAAAAAUAUCAAUUUGUACCAUAUGAAAACACUCAACCAUUGGUUGAAGACUCUGACAAAGCUAAGACACAAGCUCUCACUGUAAUUUUACAAACUGUAUUGGAAAACAGUUCUGGAGCACUCAAGCUUAAAGUGGUUGAAGUAGGUACAGAUAAACCAAUAGAAUCAGUCCUUGCUCCUAUUAUCAAGAAUAUAGUAGAAUCUGAGCCUAUGAUGUCAACCGAAGUUACUGUGGUAACAGCAGGACCAGUCGAUACAUCAUUAUUGGAAGCCAAUGAUAUCAAACAUGUGAUACGAGACGUGAACACAAACCCCAUUGCUCAAGAUACUCAUUUAGUUGUAGCAAGUGACGUAUUGAUGUAUGACAAAAAGAAUGUUCUGAAUAAUGCAGUAGCUUCUCUGAAACCUGGCGGGUUCAUCUUAUUAGAAGAAAUUAAGGGCCCUAUAGAUAUAAAGAAAAUAAGUGAUUUGGAAGUUGUCAGUAAGCAAUUGACUGAUACCAAACUUUAUUUACUCCUACGUAAGCCCAUUGCUCCGCCAUCAGAUGCUAGCAUCAUUCAAAUUACAGACAAAAACUUCAGUUGGGUUGAACCUCUCAAGGAAGUCAUGAAACAAGCAGAAAAUGAUGGCCGUAAAAUUUAUCUGUACGUUCAAGGAGAGGAACUAACUGGUCUCAUUGGCAUGGUCAACUGUCUAAAACAAGAACCAGGAGGAUCUAACCUGAGAUCCGUUUUUAUCCAAGACACUAAUGAACCUCAAUUCAGCAUUGCCGCAUAUGAAAGUCAGCUGAAGAAAGAUCUCGUUCACAAUGUACUAAAAAACAAGACUUGGGGUUGUUAUCGACACAUCAUGUUAGAACAAUUUGAAGACAGCGGGAAAUUGCAAGUUGAACAUUCGUACAUCAAUACACUGACUAGGGGAGAUUUGGCAAGUUUGAGGUGGAUUGAAGGACCUCUAGGAUAUUACAAGGAUGAAGAUGCUCACAAUGAACUCUGUCACGUCUAUUAUGCACCUCUCAACUUCCGUGACAUUAUGUUGGCCACUGGAAAAUUACCGCCGGAUGCCCUUCCUGGUGACCUUGCAGGUCAAGACUGUAUAUUGGGACUCGAAUUCUCUGGACGGGAUUCGAGCGGUAGGAGGGUGAUGGGAAUGGUGGCUGCAAAAAGUUUGGCAACAACGGUGCUAGCUGAUCCAGGGUUCCUGUGGGAAGUACCUGAGAAGUGGAGUCUUGAGGAAGCUGCGACUAUUCCUGUGGUUUAUGGGACAAGCUACUAUGCCCUAAUAGUAAGAGGUGGUCUGAAACCCGGUGAAUCUCUCCUGGUGCACGCUGGUACUGGUGGAGUUGGUCAAGCUUCCAUUGCCAUUGCUCUACACCUAGGAUGCACUGUCUUCACUACAGUCAGUAGCCAAUCUAAACGGGAUUUCCUCAAGAAAACAUUUCCCCAACUCAAAGAUGAACAUAUUGGAAACUCAAGGGACACUUCUUUCGAACAAAUGGUCUUGACCCAGACUAAGGGUAAAGGUGUCGACUGUGUUCUGAACUCUCUAGCUGCUCAUCAGUUACAAGCUUCGGUUAGGUGCUUAGCCAUUGGUGGGCGAUUCUUAGAAAUUGGAAAGGUGGAUCUGUCCAAUAAUUCCCCACUUGGUAUGAGCAUCUUCCUCAAGAAUACAACGUUUCAUGGUAUCCUUCUUGAUGCACUAUUCGACUCUGAUAGUAAUGAAAAGAAACUUGUAAUGCAAUUAGUGACAGAAGGAAUUAAAAAUGGUGCCGUUCAACCUCUUCCUAGGACAGUAUACAAUGAACAACAAGUCGAACAAGCCUUCAGAUUUAUGGCUUCUGGGAAGCAUAUUGGUAAAGUUCUACUGAAAAUCAGAGACGAAGAAAGUAGGAAAGCCCAACGUCCUGCUAUGAAGACUGUGAAUGCUAUUCCUCGUACAUACAUGGACCCAGAAAAAAGUUACAUUCUGGUAGGAGGCCUUGGUGGUUUUGGUUUGGAAUUAGCUAAUUGGCUAAUAACCAGAGGAGCUACUAAAAUAGUCCUCACUUCCAGGAGUGGUAUGAAAACUGGUUAUCAAUCCUUGUGUAUUAGAAGAUGGAGGGAGAGAGGGGUCAAGGUACAUAUUUCAACAUCUGAUGCUACUACUGAAAAGGGUGCUAGGAAACUAUUAGAUGAAGCAAAUGCAAUGGGUCCUGUUGGAGGUAUUUUCAAUUUAGCCGCUGUUUUGAGGGAUGCUAUGAUGGAAAACCAAUCCGAAGCUGAUUUCAAAACAGUUUGUAAACCGAAGGUUGAUGGUAGUAAAAUGCUGGAUACCGCUUCCAGACUUGUUACUCCUCAUUUGGAUUAUUUCGUCAACUUCUCAUCUGUUUCCUGUGGUAGAGGAAACGCUGGACAAUCCAACUAUGGUCUUGCCAAUUCAGCUAUGGAACGUAUCGUCGAAUCUCGUCAAGCUGUUGGUCUACCUGGCAUUGCAAUCCAAUGGGGCGCCAUUGGGGAUGUGGGUCUCAUCUUGGAGACAAUGGGUGGCAAUGAUACUGAGGUAGGAGGUACUUUACCUCAAAGGAUGUCGUCAUGCCUCACAACAAUGGACGUUUUCCUUCAACAACCACAUUCUGUAGUGGCCAGUAUGGUGUUAGCUGAAAAGAAGAAAGGUGCUGGAGGUGGUGCACAAGUUAGUUUGACAGAUGCAGUGGGAAAUAUUCUGGGUAUCAAGGAUGCCUCAACUGUGACGCCUUCUGCCACCUUGGCUGAUAUGGGUAUGGACUCACUUAUGGGCGCUGAGAUAAAACAAACCCUAGAACGUAAUUAUGAUUUAGUGCUCAGUGCUCAGGAAAUAAGAGCACUCACUUUUGGUCGUCUCAUGGAACUCAGUUCCGGUGGAGCAACUCCCGCACCCAAUCUCACUUCAGAACCACAAAACAAUAAUGUUCAGUUUGACCAGACCACUGAAAUAAUCCCUACGAAAAGUUUGAUUCGGAUGACGAGUAAAUCCACUGACACAAAAACGAAACCUGUAUUCAUGCUCCACCCUAUUGAAGGUGUAGUCAAAGCUCUUGAAAAUUUAGCAAAAAUCAUUGAUGCUCCUGUGUAUGGUCUCCAAUGUACAGCAACCACUCCUGUAACUUCGAUAGCUGACUUAGCAAAAUACUAUAUCACCCAAAUCCGAACUGUACAAUCUAAAGGACCUUACACGCUUAUUGGUUACUCGUUUGGAGCUUGCGUUGCUUUAGAAAUGGGAGUUUGGCUUGAGAAGAAUGGAGAGAAAGUGAAGCUUUUACUUCUGGAUGGUUCUCACUCGUAUGUUGCUACUCAUACUGGAAAAGCAAGGUCUAAGUACGAAAAAAACAGUUCAGCUGAGCAAACUGAUGUGCUGGUCUAUUUCAUACUUCAAUUCAAGGAUUUUGAUCCACAAAAGGUUGCAUCUGAACUAAUGGCCUUGAAGUCAUGGGAUGAACGACUUGCGAAAACUGUUGAGUUGGUUGCUGGUGUCACCUCCUAUAAACCAGAAGAUAUUUCGGCUGCAGCUACUAGUUUUUAUGGUAAAUUGUCAGCGGGUGAUACAUACGUACCAUCAGGAAAGUUCAAUGGAAAAGUCACAUUGGUGAAAGCUAUUGAUAACUAUGUGCAAAUGGGUGAUGACUAUGGAUUAUCCGACAUUUGCACUCAAAAAGUGACUGUUGAAGCUUUGAAGGGUAAUCAUCGAAGCAUACUGGGUGGUGACAGCAUAGAGAAAAUAGGAAAUAUACUACAUAAACUCAUGGAAGUAUGA